GAUUCUAACCUAAAAUCGGUUUCCGUUAAAAAAUUGUUUCUGUUUUCAUUAGUUGUGUAUUUUUGUGUUUAUUAAAAUAGAUUGUGAGUUUUGUAAAUGUGUAAAAAAACUUGGUUCACUUCAUUAAUUAGUCGUUCCAAACAUCUUGAAUGUUGCAGUUUUAUCGGUUUUUCUAAAUCUGUGAAUCUACAAUCAUGACAAGUGCUGUAUUAGGUGUUAUUCUGUUUGCAAUAAUAAUAAUGCUUUAUUUAUGAGUUUUAUAAAUAUUAUGUUAUUAAGAAAGUGAGGUUUGUAUAUUAUAGUGAAGACAGCAUAAAGCAGUACAUAGUUUUGUUGGAUACCGAAUGGAUUGAACGUCCAGUGGAUUCUGCUGGGAAAAUCAACUUGGAAGAACAUGACAGAUCCACAACAGAACUCAUGAUUGAAAGACCAACGAUCGGAACGCAAAGUGUUGCAAGGGGAUGAGGACAGAAUUAGGACAAUACUAGCAAGAAUAUUUUUAUAAUUGAACCAGACACAAACACAAUAAACUUCACGAAUCACGAAACUUGACAAUCUCGAAAUUCGAUCCCGAUAUAACGUUGAAACUUAUUACAGAGUGUUUAAAAUUUAAACGUUACUAGGUUAGUUUUUUGGUACUAUUUUGAUACCAGACUUGGACAGUUGUACGAGCUUACUAGUCUAGAAUUGUAGACAAAUACAUAUUUAAUCGUGAUUUGAAAACUGAAUACUAAAUUCUCAAUCAAUAAUUAAUAUUGUGAUAGUUGAGGACGUAAUUGUUGAAACUUUUUGAAGCAACAAUAUUUUUUAUGAUUAAAUUGUAGUGGAUUUGGGAUAUCGAUACUGGUUGUAGUAAACUGUACGAUAAUCAGUGUGAUUGUUAGAUAAGUUAGUGUUUUAAUUGUUGAUACAGAGGUUGUGAAAAUCAAUUUUUGAUCAAGUUUGGAAAGAAAGUAUUGUUGGUUUGUAUAGUGACGUCUGUUGUGUGUGUAAAGUGACGGGAAUGUGGUAGUGAAGCGGUGACAGUUGUGUAGGAUGAGUGAUUCGAAUAAACAACAGCAGCAGGUGAAUCAGCAACAGCCUCAAAAUGGUUUGCAACAAAUGCAGCAGGAUCCUAAUCAGCAACAACAAGUAAUGAAUCAGCAGCAGCAACACGAUGCUAAUCAGCAACAGCAGCAGCAGCAGCAGCUGCAGCAAGCUGCUGUCGCCAGCCAGGGCCAGGUCACACCGCAGGCAUUGAUCAUCAACACCUCACUGGCUCAACAACAACAGUUGCAGAAUGUGGCAUUGCAGCAACAACAACAACAGCAACAACAGCAACAACAACAGCAGCAGAAUGCAGUUCAACAACAGCAGCAGCAGCAACAGCCUCAGCUGCAGGCGAUGCAGAAUGCCACCAUGGUGUCGAUGGGAGUCAACCAGUCGGGCACCACCACCCUCACCACCAUGCCACCACCACUCGGUUCGAUAGCGAUCCAGGGCGGGGGCGCGGGCAACCAGGCGGCUGCAAUGCAGCAGGUGAUGCAAGGCAUGCAGCAAGCAGUGGCGGCCAGUGGUGCCACCACCAUCACCACCAUGUCCACCCUGCAGCCGCAGCCGCAACACCAGCAGCAGCAGCCAAUGCAGGCGGCCACACCGCAGCCGCAGCCGCAGCUCGGCGAUUGGGGCCAUGGACGGGUUCAAGUGAUCCAGCAGCCACUGCAACAGCAGCCGGCCACCUACUUGCAGCAGCUGUACAACACGCCACAGGGUCAACUGCUGAUGCCGCUGCACCCGGCCAACAUGAACCCCGGCUCGGCCAUUCAGGUGAUCACGGCCGGCAAGCCGUUCAACCCCACGCAGCACAUGCUCACCACCACGCAGGGCAAGCAGAUUGUCACCGCACAGGGCCAGCCAGGGACGUUUCCGGGCUAUGCGACCAUUCCGACAACGACCAAUCAGACGCUGCUGAUCAGUCAGCUGGGAGUCAUCAGCAGUCAGCCCAACAUCCUGCCAGCCCAUUCUGCCGGCAACAACAAACAGGAUGUGCAAAAGAACUCACAGCAAGUGCAGUUUGCGGCACCGUGGCAGUUUGCGACUGCGGCGCCGCAGGGCAUCACGUGGGCGACUGCGGCCGGUGGUCAGCCGCAGACGGCGCUGCUCACUACGGGCGCCAACGGCCAGAUAUUCAUCCGCAACGCGCCGCAGCCGCAGCAGCAUGCGACCGCGGCCGAUGCCAGCCAACAGGCGGGCGCCGCUCAGCAGGUGCAGCCGCAGCCCACGCCGCAGCCCAUGUUCAUUCAGAGUCCACCGCCGCACAACAUGCACCCGCAAGGCCUAGCCACACAGACGGCACUGCCGAACCUGACGCCGAUCUCUGGUGGCCCUGGGGCGGCGACCGGUGCGGGGGUGGCAAAGCCGCCCAACCAGGGCGUCAAGGGCGUGGCAGGGGCGGUGGGGGCAGGCGGCCGGCCCCUGUCGGCCAUUCUGCCGUCGCUGCCCCCCGGCCAGCAGCCGAUCCGCCCUGCCAGUUCGGUGUCGACGCAGACUAGCGUCGCCCAGCAGCUCAGCGCCCAGGCGCACAUGCAUCACAACCAGAAGGCUCAGGUGAUUAGAAUACAGCAGGCUAAGAUGAGGCCGAAGACUAUGAUUGCCAAACAGAUGAAUCUGGGCGGACAGAAGACGGACGCCUGGAACCAGACGAAGCCACAGAACAUCGGUCAGCAGCAGCUGGCCAAUAACAAAAUGAUAUUCACGAGCGUUGGCGCGCUACAGAUCUCAGCUGGACAACAACAGCAGCUCCAACAACAGGCGCAACAACAGCAACAACAACAGAAAGCCGUGCAACAUCAGAUUGCCGCCAACAUCAUUCAGCAGCCGCAACAGUUGACGCUGCAACAACAGGUACAACAACAGAUCAACUUCCAACAGGCGGUGCAACAACAACAGGCGGCCGUGCAACAGCAGCAACAACAGCAGCAGCAACAACAACAGCAACAGCAGCAAGCUCAACAACAGGCGCAGUUGAUGCAGCAGGCUGGCAAACCACCUCCUCUUGUCGGCCUAACAAUGGCAACAUUGCAAAUGCAACAGCCGACUCCACAACAGCAACAGCAGAUGCAACAACAGCCAAUGCAGCAACAGUUGCAGCCACAACAGCAACAACAGCCUCAACAACAACAACAACCGCAACAGCAGCAGCAGUUGACACUGGUGGAUAGGCCGGUGAUGCCUGUUGUCUCCAUGCCGCCCCUAGGUGCUGCGCCCCCCGCCACCCCUCAGGGGGUGGUAGCGCCGCCCCCUGCCACCCCCGCGCCAACUGUUCCGCCCCAGGUCCAGCCCAUAACACCGCAGGUCAACAAUGUUGUUCAGGUUGGAGCGAUGAAAGAAGAAAACUCGCAAGCCCCUGAAGAUAAAGUUAGUACUGGCUCGACCAUUUUGAACGCCGAAACACCCAGUGAAACAUCGUUGAAGCCUGAUUCCCAUCAGCCUAUGGAAAAUGGCUCGUGCGCUGAGGGCGGUGAAAAUGAUGUUUCGCAUCCGCUAGAAGAGGCGAAGGACAAGGGCCCUCCCAAGGCUAUGGUCAAACCCCAGGUGCUGACACACGUCAUAGAAGGCUAUGUCAUACAGGAAGCCUCUGAGCCUUUCCCUGUAACCCGGUCCACUCUGCUGACUGACUUGAAUCACUCGAGAAACGAGAAGGAGAAUCGGCUCAAGGAUGCUGAUGAACCAGCACUCAAGAAGCAGAGUCUUGACGCGUCGAAACGAGCCAUGGGACAGUGUGAGGCUUGCGGUAAGCUAUUCGCCAGGUCUAAAUUCAAGAAAUCGAAACGAUUCUGCUCAACCACUUGCUCAAAUAGGGUAGCAAAUGGCAAAAUCAAACUAAAAACAAGUGCCGAUUUGGAUGGCGUUGAUAAUAAGAAGGGCGAGGUUGACCUGCAGCCGGACGACUCGGCGGUGUCGGGAGGGGAGAGCUCGCUGAGUCCCUCGGAGGGGGCCGAUGGGGUAGGAGUGGUGGGGGGAGCGACCCCCAUGGACACCGAAGACAGUUCAGCCGAUAUGGAGCCCACUGUCAAUCCGCUCAAGUGGAGUGUAUCGGACGUGUGCGAGUUCAUUAAGAACCUGCCGGGCUGCUGUGACUACGCGGAGGACUUUGCCAUCCAGGAGAUCGACGGCCAAGCGCUGAUGCUGCUGAAGGCCGACCACCUGAUGCAGGCGAUGGCCAUGAAGCUGGGGCCGGCGCUCAAGAUAUGCGCCAAGAUAGACACCAUGCGAUGCGACAAACCGGCCCAGGCGUCGCCUGAAAAGUAGAUGUGUCAUCCUACAAAUAGACUGAUCAUUACCUGACUAGUGACUGAAUACUUGUGAUUUCGAGUAAAACAGUAUGUCGAUUAGUAUUCUUCGAUUAUGAUAGGAAUAUUAUCUUUCAUCAAACUAACAUACGUACGUGUUCGUAUGGUUAUGAAUAAGGUAGUCUAGUUAACUGGUGCUAGUUUAAUAGCGCUAGUAGACUAGCAUCAUCGCCCUACAAGUGACGGAAUACUUGAUGAUUUUGACUAAUAUGAUUAUUGUGAUAUUAUCAUUAUUUUAUCGUACACAAAUACGUUUGUGUUAUGUAUAAAGUAAAUGAGUAAUUUUAUAGUGUUGAAAAAAAUAUAUUUGGUAUUAGUCAAUGUCAGUCCUAUAAUAUAGAGAAAAGAUAGUGUAAGUCUUAUUGCUGUCUUUUCUCUUUGGAUAUACUAUGUCUUCAUACUCGAAAUAACAUAAAUAUCGAAACUAAAUUUCAAAACUGGUUAUCUCAAAUAUUUUAUUUAUUGUUUUACUAGUAUUGGUACUUAUUAAAUUAUACAGGAUUGACUAUAGUCCGCCAUAUUUUUAUAUUAAUUAGCUGGACCGAUUGAUGACAAGGGAAUCUUUGAAAACAUCACAGUUCAAAAACAUUUCCAUAUUGUGUUAUUUGCAUUUUAAAUACCAUUAAGUUGAUUAUGAAAUAAUUAUUUGAUAUUACGGUUAUCAAUGUUCUAUCAACUAUUUUUUACAGAAUAUACUGUAACUAUUAUUAUAUCGGCUUCUGUAAUCGAUUCUACUAGUCACAAUAACAACAGAAUUCGUUCCCAUUGAGAUUUUUUCUAUUCACUAUAUUUCUGCAAAUUUAGAAAGAAGAUCUUUUUUGCCUGUUUCUAUCUUUAAUUGAUGAAUCUGAUAAUUCAUUAAUCUAAUCUUAUUAAUAAAGAAAGGAAUUGUCUCACUUGUGUAUGGGGUAGGAAAUACACGAUUGACGCAUCAUCACUUAUGAACUAAUGAUCUUGCAAUUUUACAUAAGUAUUCUGAAUUUACCGAGAAAGGAUAUUGUUUAUUUUGCUGACAAUUAUUUUCCUUGCUAUUAAUCAAUUAAUUAUAUUUGAUAAUUAAACCGAUAUUGACAAAAUAAUAAACUAUUAUUCUUUUUUAUGUUUCCUGGACAUAAGGAGAUUGCAUUUUAGAACUUUACAUUUUCCCCAGUGCAAAGCACGGGUUAUACCUGUUAGUUAUAAAAUACAAAGCUAUAACAGUACAUUUCUAUAUAAUGAGAGUUAUAGGCUACUAUGCUAUUUAAAUUGUAAAUAUAAUUUGAAUAUGAAAUAAUCAUUUUAAUUUGGUAUUACUGUUGUUAAUUCGUUCAUUUUUUGAAAUUUGAAAAUUCCUCAUGCAGAUAUGAUUUUUUAAUAAAAUCAUAUUUAUUUAUUCAUUCAUUGGAUAAAAAAAAUAACAGUAUCAACAAGACUGUUGACAUUUUUUUUUAUUUGUAUUUGAUGAUUUUUGUGAAUGAUGUUCAAGGAAGAUUAUUUCUUGAUGAAAAACAUUGUUUUAAAUGGCCUCUACUGAGCUGUGUCAUUUUAUUUUGUAUAUUCUUGUAAAUAAUGUUAACUCAUGGAACAGUUAGCCGUGCAUAAUUUUCUAAGAUGUAAAUAAACUCGAAUUAUAGUAUUAAUUUAAUUCAAUAAAAGAUUUUACUAUUUAUCUAGCGGUAAUUUUCUAAGGUUGCAAUCUAAUUCCUAAGAUGUAUAAACAUAGUUACAAUUUUUACAACUUUCUUACUAUAUUGUAAGUAAAUAACAUUUGUAAAUUCGGAUUAUUUGUCCUUGAAAUAGAUUAUUAUCGUUUAAAUGAAUUUGACUGAAAGACGGAUAAAUGAUUACCGUACGUUUUGUAAAUAUAUGCUUUCAUGGAUAUUGGCAGUACCUAAGUUUGUUGACAGUUAUCAAACAGUUUUGAGUAUUUAAAUAAUUUAUUUCAAUCGUCUUCUUGUUCAAAUAGUAAACACUUUUCUCUAUGACAGUAGGUAGUCUCAGAAAAGUUUUGUUUUCAAUAAUUUUUAUUGAUAAAAAUUUAUUGGAAUUUAAUUUAACAGAAAAGUAUCUGUAUUCAUUUCUCAUCAACAUAGAAAAUUUAUUUAGUCGAAAAACAAUAAAUUAAAUAUUACACGCUUUUUGUAAUUAACAUGGUUUAUAUUAUUAUCAAUCAAAGAUCAUUUUUAAAUUAUCAUAAUCAUCAUCAUAUUUGAAUAUUUUAGCUACGGUGUUCCACUUAAUUGCAUACACUUAAUAGAGCUUUUUUUUAUUUUUUUUCUAGAAGCAAGAACCUUAGUUUCUAAAGAAGCAAGAAUUUUGUCUGGGAGUAAAAUUUCAAUAAAUAGAAACUAGUCGCACAAGCAGGCCUACCUCAUUUCUAAAUUUUCUUAAUUUAAUUAAAUUACCAGGCUACUACUCUGUUAUUACUCAGUAUUCAUUACACUGUAUCAACCUCAUAACAAAUAGUAUGUGGUUACUUCACUUCAUUUCAUUAUAAUUAUUCAAUUGAUUUUUGUAUAACUCAAGACAACAAUAUUUAUUAUAGAGCAUUUGCACUCUCAAAAUUUAUGUUAUACUGCACUCAAAUCAUAUUCAUGUAGGCCUAAUAUGCUAUGUGAAAAUAGUUAUCAAUACGGCAUAAUGACAACUGGUGAGAUUCCAGUUAGUGGAAAUCAAUCUAAAAGAUGUCAUCAAUGGUGAUUGUAUUAUCAAGUAAUAAGUCAUUUUUAACACUGCCAAUUUAAAAUAUGAAAAAAUCAUAUGAUCAACA